UGACUUUCACCUCACUCAUCAUGUGCAGUGCCGCAGUCAGUGUUUUCACAUUAUCUCCCUCUCGUUGACUUACUUCUCUGUGUUGAAAAAAAGAAGAAGAGGAUACACGGUCCGAUCCAUUUUAGAAGGGAUACUCCAACCUUCAAUUCCCCUGUUUCUUUAUUCAUGGUCAUCAAUAUGAAACACUCUUAACAUCCCCGCAGCAGCUCCUCUUUCUCGGUUCUCCAUCCUACUUUUUUUUUGCAUUGAUCUUUUCUUAUCUGUGAAGCUCAAAAAACCCCAAAGGAAAUCCUCGCCGUCCUGGGUGGAAUAAAAACGAGUUACCUGUGAACCUUAGCAGCUAUCAGACUUGAUGAAUCAGAGGGAAAACUAAGUAUUUGAGUAUCUUCGUGUGUGAAUAUGAGGAAAGAUCGAUUUUUUUUUAUUUCUUUUUAGUUUCUUUUGUCAUCCCUAGAUCUAUCUUUCUUCACCGUAUGUCUUUCUAUGGGUUUCCUCCAUUUAUUGACUUGAUUUCAUUUCUCUAUUUUCUGUCUCUCUAGAGCAUUCAUUUUCAUCCAGAGUUUGCAUUGUUCGGUGCAUUUAAGGUUUGAAAUUUCUUUUCACAAGUUUCCUGCUUUUUCCCCCCCAAUGGUAUGUUCAUGUUUCACCCAUCCGGAGGUCGGCCAAGUCUUGUCUCGUCUUUGUGCUCAGAAAUGCUUCCUUGAAGUUGGGGUUUUCCGGACUGUUCGUUUUUCCUCCUUAUUUCAGCGGCUGUGAUAAGAGGGGAUGGCGAUGGGGAGCUCUGGGGAGUCUGGCACGAAAUCCAUCAAUGCUUCGCCUGGUGGUUUAGUCUGGAUCCGCAGGAGAAAUGGGUCGUGGUGGCCGGGUCGGAUUGUUGGGGUGGAUGAUUUGCCGGAGAACAAUAUGAUCACCCCAAGAUCAGGGACUCCAGUUAAGCUCCUUGGGAGAGAGGAUUCAAGUGUGGACUGGUAUAAUCUUGAGAAGUCAAAGCGAGUGAAAUCAUUCCGUUGUGGGGAGUAUGAUGAUUGCAUCGAGAAAGCUAAGGCCUCAACAGCCAAUGCUUCUAGAAAGCUAGUGAAAUAUGCACGCAGGGAUGACGCCAUUCUUCAGGCCCUUGAGAUUGAAAGUUCUUAUAUUGGAAAACAUAAUCCUAGCUUCAUUUCAAGGUCAGAUGAUGAUAAGAAAAAUAAAGCGGGUGCUAUAACUAAAAAAGAAGAAGAUUGUGGUAGUAGCAGAAGUUCUGAGAACAACAAUUCAAGUGCUUUAUCUCAAUCUGGUGUAUCCAUUGAUGAGGAACCCGUGGAGGAUAGGGGACAGAACCCAAAGCAUUUUCAGAGUUCCAAAGGAGCCCAAAAUGAUUCAGAUGAUGAAAGAGGUAAACACAUGCAAGAUCUUGAUGACUUGGGGACAAAGUCACUCAAGAGAAAGAGAUCUGCAGUGGCCCAUGUUUGCAAGGUUCUGAAAAAGAAGGGCCGCCGACGUCCAAUGAUGCGGAGUACUGUUCUAGUGUCAUUUCCCGUUGCAUGUGAAGGAAUUUCUAGCCCAAGUGAUUCUGCAGCUUCUGAUGUAUGUGAAAAUGGGACACUCAUUGCUGCUGGGAAUGAGAUUCUGAGCAUUCCGCAGUUGCCUGAGGAUGGAUGUUUAGAUUCAUUGUCUGAUGUUCCAUUUGUGGCAGAAGAAAAGCAUUCCGAGGUUCAUCCAGAAAUCAACGAGUGUAGGGAAAAGGGGACGUCGGAGUGGCAGUCUAAACGAAAGAGGAACUCAAGGCAUGUAAAUAAAAGCAAAAAGCGGUAUAUAGGAAAAAAUACUAACCUGGAUGGCGGUGAAUCCUAUGCAGCAAAGUUGGCAGGUAUUAAUGGAUAUGCCCUUGCUUUUCUGGGCGGCAAAUUAAUUAGGGGUCUUUCUAAUGGGGAGUGAGAUAGGACAUAGCUGAUAAUAAUAUUUGACCAUCAAGACAUUUAUGACUUGAAUGGGGUGAGCUUUUGAACUUUAGACCUUUGGCUUUACAUAUAUCAGUAUAUGAUGGCAUGCUUCAGAACUAUUUUAAAAAAUUCGAGACCCAAAACAAUCAGGGACUCUAGGCUCAUGCCUAGUUCGCCUAGGCCUAGAGAAGAAGGUCAUAUCUAAUUUGUCUCUAUGGGUCGUUUGGUUGGUGGGAGAACCAGGAAAGAGGCUUUCUUUCAGCUUUGCUUUGUUAUUUCAAGGCCCAAGGGUAUCUUUGGAUACCAGAAAAGGCUAGGAAAGAGGAGUAUUUUUCAAAUAUUCUUUUCCCCAUAUCUGCACGCUUAAGUAACCGAACAAGCUGUUACUGUUUCAGAAUGCCCUAUAGAUCACAAGUCAAGAGCAGUCACAAGCGAGUUGCCCACGCCACAGAGGUUACUGCCUUACCGCCAGUCCCGCUUUUUGGUCAACCCAAAGUAUGACUCUUCGGCUUUCCCUCCAAGGCAUCAUCAUAUAUCAGAUUCCUCAUUGUAUGAUGUUAAGGUGGAGGUUAAGUCCAGCUAUCGUGCGCAGCAUGUUCCGUAUGUUUCGUUAAUGACCAAACUAAACGGGCGACCCAUCGUGGGCCACCCAAUCACAGUUGAGGUGUUGGAAGACAUCGGGUCGGGUUCAGGCAGCAACCAUGACUUGGAUCAUACCGUGCAGCGCUCGGGUGGUUUUAGGGCUCCUACUAAGGACCGUGUAUCUACAACAAAGUCAUUGAAAUCAAAGAAAAACUGUCAAUUUUCAAAGAAGAAGAUUAGGAUGUUGUCUUCAUUAACAGGUUUUCAGAAGCAAAAUCAAGGCAAGGAAGUGUCAACAUCACUGGCAAAACUAAAAGGGACUGCUGUAGCUUGUGUCUCUCUUAAAGUAGUGUUCAGCAGACUUAGUGAAGAUUUGAACAGUCCAAAUAUGUCUACGCACCCGGUGGUCAGUCCCGCCAUUGGUUGAGAUUUAUCUUUGUUCUUUGCCCGUUUUAGCUUGCUGUACAUAAACCGUGUAACAUCAUUAGUUGAGGUGUAAAGAAUGGUUAUCCAGUUGUUAGGCUUCGAUGGUUUAGAAUUGUGAUAGUUUGAGCCAUAUUCAGUCUCUAGUUUUAGUUUAUGCUGCAGCUAGUACAAAGGGAGCUGGCUGCAAAUGCAACAGUUUUCAUAUCUUUGUAAUUACAUUGACCAUUAUGUUGUUUCCCUUUUGGACCUUCAGUGUCUUGAAGCAUGAUGUAUUUAUACUAAGAAGCAAUUGAGGAUAUGUGC